AUGGUUCCGAUUCGUCUCCUUUCAGCGCUCUCGCUGCUAGGAACCUAUGUGUCUGCAUUCCCGGUUGUGGAGCAGCAGCCUCUAGGUAACGGUCUUCAAGAUGUGGUCCAGCUCGAGCCACCAAAUGCCGAUACGGAAGAGUCCUUCCGGGCACUUUCAGGCCGCUUCCUGCACAUAACAGAUUUUCAUCCAGAUCCCCUCUACGAGCCCGGAACAUCGGACGAAAAGAGCUGCCACAGAGGUGAUGGCUCCGCCGGGUACUACGGCGCCGAAGAGACCGAAUGCGACUCGCCCUAUGCCCUCGUUAACGAGACAUUUCGCUGGAUUGAGAACAACCUCAAAGACAAUAUUGACUUUGUCAUUUGGACCGGUGACUCUGCACGGCAUGACAACGAUGAGAGGAAUCCUCGCACGGCAGAUGAGAUCGUCCAUUUGAACGAAUUCAUGGUGGAUAAAUUCACCGAGGUCUUCAACGGCAGGGACUCAAUCCCCAUUGUUCCGACAAUUGGCAAUAACGACAUCAUGCCGCAUAAUAUUCUCAAGACUGGUCCGAAUCGGUGGACGAAGAAGUAUCGCGAAGUCUGGCACAAGUUUAUCCCCGAGCAUCAACGUCAUAGCUUUGUCGAAGGCGGUUGGUUCGUCUCGGAGGUGAUCCCCAAUAAGCUGGCAGUUAUUAGCUUGAAUACUCUAUACUUCUUUGACUCCAAUUCUGCCGUCGAUGGGUGCGAUGCGAAAUCGGAGCCUGGCUAUGAACACAUGGAGUGGCUUCGCGUCCAACUGGAGAUGCUGCGGACACGUGAUAUGAAAGCUAUUUUGAUAGGUCAUGUUCCUCCGGCAAGGUCCGGCAGUAAGCGCAGCUGGGAUGAAACGUGCUGGCAAAAAUAUACAUUAUAUGUGAACAGAUUCCGUGACGUCGUCGUCGGCAGCGCAUAUGGGCACAUGAAUAUUGAUCACUUCAUGUUGCAGGAUAGUCGAAAAGUGGAUAUUGCUGCCAACAGUGAGUCUCCUGUCUUGUCCGAUCUUUACGACGGCUCGGGAGAGAUCUCCGUCCAGUCUCGUUAUGACUAUCUUUCCAGUCUCAGGAAGGACUGGUCUAGCCUACCGUCCCCGCCUGAUGGUAUGCCGAAAGGCAACUUUUUGGCAGACGAAUGGAUUGAAAAGGAACAUGAAACUUCGGCGAGCUCAAAGAGCUCAAAGCCCACCAAGAAAGAGAAGAAGUUCCUCAAGAAGAUUGGCGGUCCCUGGGCCGAGAGGUACAGUGUGUCGUUAGUGUCACCGAGUGUGGUGCCGAACUUCUUCCCUACGCUGCGGGUAGUUGAGUAUAACAUUAGUGGCUUAGAGGAUACCAAGAUUUGGGCCGACGACUCUGCCUACAACGACUUGGAUAUGGCGAGUCCGGAGCACGACAAGAAUGGCCUUUUGGCCGAGAAAAAGAAGAAAAAGUCCAAGGACAAGGUUCCCAAACCUCCAUCGCCGGCUGCGCCUCCGGGGCCGGCAUACUCUAACCAGGCAUUGACCUGGCUUGGGUACACUCAAUACUAUGCUAAUCUGACCGAAAUCAACCGGCGAAUGGCCAAACGUCACCAAGUGUCGGCAGACGACCCGUCUAGCUCCAUUCAUGACGAUGAUGCUCGUGAGCUCAAGCUUGCAGAUGUCUUUACGUUCGAGGUUGAGUACGAUACGCGACACGACAAGAUUUACAAGAUGGAAGAUCUCACCGUGCGGAGUUUCUUCAAGCUGGCGAACCGGAUUGCCAAGAACAAGCUGAGUAAAAGCGACGUCUGGGUUGCAGAUGCGAACGCCGAAGAUGCUCCUGGUACCGUCGAUGACAGCGGAAACGAAGUAGAAGUGGAAGGGAAGAAAAAAAAGAAGAAGAAGAAGCCUAAGAAGCCUAAGAAUCGAGUAUGGAGAGCAUUCUUGGAGAGAGCUUUUGUCGGAACUCUGGACCGUGACGAACUUGAUGACAUAGAAUAA